AACCAAGCUCCAGUCUUGCUCUUGGAAGUUAGAAAUCAAAACCCAGGUUUUGUAGUUACCAAGCAGGACCAUAAAAACCAAUCUCAACACACAAAGGCAGGAGCAGGUUCCUUGUUGAAGGAUGACGGCGAUCAAGAAUUGAUUGCCUGCACUGAACCGAUUCAUUCACCAUUCACCAACAUCCUCAAAAUUAUACAUCAUUUUGGGCACACUGCAUUCGGUUUUGAUAGAAAGAGUAAUGAUUACAGGGUCUUGAUGCAUGUGAGCAAUUCUUUCUUUGAAGGGGUUCGAAUAUACUGAUAAACUUGAGCUAUACUCUCUGAAAAAUGAUUCCUGGACGAGAUCCCUCCUCCUGAGGGCGUUUGUAUUUUUGGAUUUCCAUGUUACAACAAUGGAGUUUGUCAGUGCUGGGCAAUAUAUUCGGAUGGUAUUGAUGGAAUUUACUCCUUUGACUUUGCAUAUCAGGUGUUUGAAAAUUUUCCUCUGCCAGACUUUGGUCAAAAAUCUCUCUUCAUAUUAUGAGUUUGCAAUAGUUAAUGGAUUGCCUUGUGUUGUUCUUUGCACCGAGGGUAUAGACUAUCGAGAAACAGUUUGAUAUAUAUGUGUGACGACUGAACAUAGAGUUAAAGAAUAUUGGGUUAAGCUACACGGUAUUGGAGAAUAGAUUACAUGUAGUAAAUAAACUCUUAUUCCAAAUCAUAUGCUAGAUGGGAGGUAAUUGGGUGAGACAAGUAUACUUCAAUUACAUCAACUAAAAACUAGAUAUUUGAAACCUUCCACUUUUUUUCCUGCAGAAAAUGAAGACGAGAGGAGAUGAAAUCAAGAAAGAAAAGUCCAAACUUAGUAAUGUGGUUGUAAUUUUUUAUUUACAAUCAUUGAGGGGAUCUAUGGCUGUUCUCUCUUUAAUAAAAGAGAAGAAGACUAGUUCUGAAGUUUCAAAGGGGCUGACACUCGCGACAACAUUCUCAGUCAUCUACAUGCUGCUUUGUGUAGAGCAAAAGUUGAAACUUUCAUUGACAACGAUCUCAGGAGAGGAGAUGAUGUUUCAGAAGCGCUUCUGAGAACGAUCGAGGAAUCAAAAAUGUCCAUAGUCAUUUUCUCCAAAAACUAUGCUGCUUCUAGGUGGUGCUUGGAUGAACUUCUAAAAAUCAUGGAGUGUAACGAAAAAAAUGCACUAAUUGUUAUACCAGUCUUCUUCAAAGUGGAUCCAUCACAUGUAAGAAAGCAGUCAGGGUCUUUUGCUCAAGCUUUGGCUCAGCAUGAAGAUCAUCCCAAGAUACAAAGAUGGAGGGAUGCGUUGACCAAAGCAGCUAAUUUAUCUGGAUGGGAUUCACAGAUCAUAAGGCCUGAGGCUACCCUUAUAAAAAAUAUGGUGUCAGAUAUUUUGGGAAAACUUUACUAUACAUCCUCAAGCACUUUUGGUAGUCUGGUUGGAAUGAGUUCUCACUUUGAGCAAAUUGACAUGAUAUUAAGCACGAUUUCUGAAGAAGUUCGCAUCAUAGGAUUUUGGGGGAUGGGGGGUAUAGGUAAGUCGACCCUUGCUAGAGCUUUCUUUAACCAUGUUUUCUCCCAAUUUGAAGGGCAUUGUAUUAUUGAAGAUAUCAGGGAAACAUGUGAGAAGCAUGGGCUAAACAAUAUUCGAGAGAAACUUCUCACUGGAAUACUGAAGGAUGAGAAUUUAAAUGUAGGCACUCCAAAUCUAGGCAUUCCUUCUAUAAUGGAUAGGCUCCGCCGCAAGAAGGUUCUGAUUGUUUUGGAUGACUUAAAUAAUGUUCAGCAUAUUGAACUUUUAGUUGGAAGGCGUGAGUGCCUGGGUCGAGGAAGUAUUAUCAUCAUAACAAGUAGGGACAAACAAGUUCUUAAGAGUGGAGUUGAUAGGAUCUAUGAGGUUCCAGGAUUGGACUACCAUGAAGCUCUUUGCCUCUUUGGCCAAUAUGCUUUCAAACAAAAGCAUCCCAGAGAUGGUCAUCAUAUGAGACUAUCAAACAGGGCUAUAAAUUAUGCUAAGGGUCAUCCAUUGGCUCUUAAAAUCUUGGGUUCUUAUUUAUUUGGAAGGAGCAAUGAAGAACAGGAAAGUGCAUUGGACAAACUGGAGAGAACUCCUAACAUGGAUGUUCAGAAAGUGUUGCGAAUUAGUUAUGAUGGACUGGACAAUGAAGAAAAAAAUAUUUUUCUCAAUAUUGCAUGUUUUUUUAAAGGGGGUUACACUGACGAAGUGAAAUGUUUCCAUGAUAGCGGCGGUUAUUCUACAGAUAUUGGAAUACGUGUUCUUAUGGAUAAAUCUCUAAUAACCAUUCGGAUGGGUCGAGUAUGGAUGCAUGAUCUGCUACAGAAAAUGGGCCGAGAAAUUGUUCGCGAAGAAUCCAUUGAAGAGCCCGGGAAACGUAGCAGGCUAUGGGAUCAUCAUGACAUCUCUCAUGUGUUGACAAAGAACACGGGGACUGAGGCAGUUAAAGGCAUAAUUCUGGACUUGCAUAACAUAAGAAGCUUCAGUAUAAAGUCUGCAGCAUUUGAGACGAUGCACAGUCUUGAAUUCCUCAAAAUCAAAGUUGAUUUGCCCACUUUGCACCUUCCUCAAGGCCUUGGAUAUCUUCCUAGUGAGUUAAGAUAUAUGUAUUGGGAUCGAUACCCUUUGACAUAUUUGCCAUCGAAUUUUCACCUGGAGAAUCUAGUUAGGCUCAUAAUGCCCCACAGCCAUGUUGAACAACUGUGGAAUGGAAGACAGGAUCUUGCGCACUUGAACAUGGUUGACCUCUCUUACUCUACGAAGUUGAUCGAAAUUCCAGACCUCUCGCUGGCUACGAAUCUUCAAAAUCUGGUUCUUACCAAUUGCAAAAGGCUUAAGAAUCUUCCUGGCAGUCUUGCUAGUUUGAAGACUCUUAAUCUUAAUGGCUGUUCACACAUCAAAAAGUUUCCAGAGGUCUCAACGAAAAUCGAAUAUUUAAAUUUAGGUUGGACUGCAAUAGAAGAAGUUCCUUCAUCAAUCGACUGUUUCACGUCCCUAUUUUUUUUGAACCUUGGAGAAUGCAAGAGGCUUAAGAAGCUCCCCAAAAGCAUCUAUAAAUUGAAACCCCUCCGAUAUUUUGGUCUCUACUUGCCGUACAAUAAAAGGGAGCUUCUACAAGAAGUUAAUAUACAUCUAAGAGAGUUGAGUGACCAUCUUGUUUGGUUAUCAGCUGUAGAAUUUCUAAAGCUCUCUGGGAAUCAUUUCCAGGAACUACCUGUUGCCAUCAAACAGCUUAAUAACCUGCAAUAUCUUUACGUAGAUGACUGCAAGAGGCUUCAAUCCUUACCUCAACUUCCGAUGAAUGUCCAACGGAUAUAUGCAAGGAAUUGCAUAUCACUAGAAACUGUGGCAACCCCUUUAACCACGGCAACAAGAGGAGAAUUUACUUCUGUUGUUGAGUACAUUGUGUUCAAUUUUUUCAAUUGUCUCAAGUUGAAUCAAAAUGCACAAAACAGCAUUGUGGCUGAUGCAGAAUUGAAGUUGAUGCAGUGGGAAGCCACUUGCCCGGAAACUUUUUCACAGAAAACCAAAGUGGCCGGUAUCUCGUUUAUGGGAGGUGACAUUCCAGAUUGGUUCAACUAUAAAAGCAUGGGGUCCUCACUAACUGCAAAGCUUCCAAAGAAUUGGUGUAAUGCUGAGUUAUUCUGCCUGGUUUUCAGCGUUGUUCUCGAAUUCAAGGACUUCCCUAGGUAUGGAAAAUUCAAUAUUCUUAAGUAUGAUUGUCAUAUAAGAAACAACAUCGGUGACAACUCCAGUGGCAAGGGUUGGUUCAAUUUAUUAAGAUGGGGAACUAAAGAUGCUAUUCAGUCAAAUCAUGUCUUGUUAAGUUAUGGAAAAUCAUUGAUCAAUGAUUGGAGAACGAAACCCAAAGAAGCAGGUGAUGAUGGUGCAGAUGUGAUCUCAAUUGAAUUAUAUGUUGGAGAAGAUUCUAAAAACUGUUGUAAGAUCAAAGAGUGUGGGAUCCAUUUGCUCUACCGCCACGACACAGACAAUGGAUGUAGUUCUUCAACGAUUGAAUGUGACUCUCCCGGUAGUCCCAACCAGUUCUCCUUCAAUCCAGAUUGUAUGGAUGAUGGUAUUGAAGAAACAGUGAUAGGAGAUUCUAAAAGAAAUGGAGGUGGUAAUGGGAAUUGUUCCAAUAUGGGAAAUCUCAUGGAAUAUUCAGUUGCAGUGAGGAGGAAGAAAAUGAGAAAGUGAGCUGGAAGGUAAAUUUCUUUGGUUUCAGUGGAGAUGCUCUCAUCAUGCUUCAGAACUAUAUUUCUCUUCAAUACAAGAGUAAGUCACCCUCUGGCCUCUUAUCAUGUUAUGCCACUUGAUGUAUUGUAUUUCAAAUAACUUUCUUUUAUGGAAGCUUUUCUUUCCCCUAUGAGAAGCUUUCCAGUGAAUAACAAAUAUCUAUCUGUUAAUCAA